ACCCCUGCCUGCCAGCCUGCUGGGCUGCCAAGCUGACACACGAGGUACCUGGCUCCUUUCCUUUCUGGCUACCAGUUUCCUCCCUUUCCUUCCUAACACCGUCUUUCCUAAUUCCCUUCCUUCCUUUUUCUUUCCUAACUGUCCCUGCCUUCCUCUCUUCUCUCCUAAUUUCCUUCCUUCCUAGCUUCUUCUCCCCUCUCUCCUUUCCUUCCUUCCCUCUCAACUACCUCUCUGCCUCCUGGGCCACCCGAUUUCCUUUCUUCCUAACUAAUCCCUUAUACCCUCACUUCCUUCCCUCUAACUCCAUGCCUUCCUCUUCUAAAUUCCUAACUUCUUCCUGAAAUUCCAGGACACAGGCUUUGGAGUCAGACUACUUAGGCUCAAAUUCCAGUUAGAUCCUUUACUAGCUAGGGGUCUUGAUCAAGCCACUUCAACUCUCCAUGCCUCAGUUUCCUCCUCCUCAAAACAGGGAUAAUGAUGAAGUUUACUAACCCCUGGUGCUGUGGGAACAAAGUAAGACCAAGCUGGCACUUGGUUGCAUUGUUACUGGUAUGUCAUUGGUAUGCACUGGGCAGACAGGCAUGUAAAUGAAUAAAUUCCAGCAGAAUGAAGACAAGUGUAAUAACAGCAGUGGGCCCAAAGAAGGGGACAAGAGUUUAUGGGAUCGGGGCCAGGGAAUGAUCUGGCAAGACUUUUGGGGAAAGCAUACGAGGCUGAAUGCAAAGGGCUAGCUGAGAAGACCAGAACGGUCAAAGCAGUGCACCAAGGACAGGGAACUGUGUGACCCCCACCCUCACUGUGUCCAGCAGGCCCAAGGACGAGUGAGCAGGUCCAUGAGCUGGUGGGACAGAGGCAUGCAAGUCUAGGCUGGGGCACUUAGAAGGAAGGGGCGGGCUUGUGGGGCUCAGGGAGGGACUUGGGCCACACCCUGGGAGUUCCCAGGGGUCUCUAUAGGUCUGAAUAGUCAGGAGAAGGUAUUGAUGCCCAGCCUCUGGCCAGACAAUCAGAAGACUAUGCUGCAGGAGUGAUAGCAGCCAUAGGCUGAGAGCUGCACAGGUGUGAGUACCAGUCAAGGCAAUGGGAGUGUGGUGGGAAGUGCACAUGUCAGAGUUCUCCCCAGGCCUUAGUGCCGGAAUAUUAAGUGAACAGCAACACCUUGAGACAUUUUACACAAAGGUACAAAUACAAAAAUUACCCUAACCCACUGUCCCCUUGGGUCACAACCCUCUAGCCUUUUUUGGUGGCUACGCACAAAUGUAUCUGUGCAUACAUGUCUUUCUUUUCUUUUUUUUUUUUUAAUUUUUUUAAUGUUCAUUUAUUCUUGAGAGAGAGACAGACAGACAGAACACAAGCAGGGGAGGGAAAGAGAGAGAGGGAGACACAGAAUCCAAAGUAGGCUCCAGGCUCUGAGCUGUCAGCACAGAGCCCAACACAAGGCUCAAACCCAUGAACCACAAGAUCAUGACCUGAGCCAAAAUCAGACACUCAACCUGCUGAGCCACCCAGGCGCCCCACAUUCUUAUAAAGAUGGUAUCCCUGAUAUACCUAUCAUUUUGAAAAGUCCUUUUUUGCUUGACAUUGUAUGACACACAUAUUCCCGUUUUGAUUUACAAAGCCUUAGCUAUUAUUUUUCAAUUGGGUAAUUUUCCACCUUAUACAUGUACUAUAAUCGAUCUUAUCAGCUUGUUCCUGAUUCAUUAGUCAAAUACGUACUGAGCACCGAUCAUAUUGCUGGUCCUUAUCUAGGUGCUGGGGAUUCAACAGUGAACAAGAAAGGUCUUUGCGCUCAUAGAGCCAAUGUUCUAGUUUAAGACGGAAAACAAAGAGUUGAUGAUAAGGUGUCAGCAUGGUACGUGUUAUAAAAUAAAAGACAAAGCAGAAAAAGUGGAUCAAGAGUGGGUGGGAGUAGGGUUGUACAGUGACCAGCCAUCCUGGUUUGCCCCAAAGCUGUACUAACUUUAGCAUUGAGAGUCUCACAUCCCAGGAAACCCUUAGUCCCAGACAAACCAGGGUAUUCAGUCACUCAUAAUCUCAGAAAAGGCCUCUCUGAGAGGUGACAUUUGAGCAGAGGCCUCUGGGAUAUUAGUGGAAGCCUAGCCAUGCACAAGUCUGGGGGAAAAGCAUUCUAGAUGGAGUGGAAAGUAAAUGCCAGGGGCAGGAGGCCAGAGGGCACUCUGUGUGUUUGAGUGACAGCAAGAAAGCCAGAGAGGCUGGAGUGUAGUGACAGGGAGAGCAUGGGAACCAAGGUGGAGAGGGUGAUAGGAGCUAGGUCUCACGGAAUCUUGCAGACCAUGGUAGACUUUGGAUUUUAAUCCUAGGUGUGACCGGAAGCAACCAGAGUUUUCGAGCAGCCAGCUCAUGUGAUCCACUUAGAUUUUUUUUUUUUUAAGUGGCUCUCUGGAGUUGGGUGGAGAAAGAUUGUAGAGGGUAAAGAUAAACGUCAGGAAACAGUAGGGAAGCUAUUGCAAUAGUCCACGCCAAGUGGUGACCGUGGCUCAGACAGGGAGGUUGCAGCAGAACUGGCGAGUAGCAGUGCUUUCUGGAUUUAAUUUGAAGGGGGAGGCGAUGUCCCUGAGGGAACAGAGGUCUCUGGUCUCAUCUUAAGCACUGCUGGAUCCCAUGUGACAUCAACAGCCCUCUGCUGCUGCUGGGAGUUCUGAGCUGGGCGCUGGGGCAGGGCCGGCGCCAGGCACAGACACUUUGGCCCUUGUUGGGAGAACAGAGAGAGGCUCUCUUGUCCACUGCCUGUCUUCCGGCUCCAACUGCUGGUUCCCUCCGGGGCCUCUCCUCAGGCUGUGCAGAACCCACCUGAUCACGGUUACAGAAUGGACUCUAGCCCGGCGGGCAGCCCCAGUCCUCAGCCCUCAAGGGCCAAUGGGAACGUCAACCUGGGGCCUUCAGCCAACCCAAAUGCCCGGCCCACCGACUUUGACUUCCUGAAAGUCAUUGGCAAAGGGAGCUACGGCAAGGUGCUCCUGGCCAAGCGCAAGUCUGACGGGAUGUUCUACGCAGUGAAGGUGCUGCAGAAAAAGUCCAUCUUACAGAAGAAAGAGCAGAACCACAUCAUGGCGGAGCGCAGCGUGCUUCUGAAGAGCGUGCAGCACCCCUUCCUUGUGGGCCUACGCUACUCCUUCCAGACGCCCGAGAAGCUCUACUUUGUGCUCGACUAUGUCAACGGGGGAGAGCUCUUCUUCCACCUGCAGCGGGAGCGCCGGUUCCUGGAGCCCCGGGCCCGGUUCUACGCCGCCGAGGUGGCCAGCGCCAUUGGCUACCUGCACUCCCUCAACAUCAUUUACAGGGACCUGAAACCAGAGAACAUUCUCUUGGACUGCCAGGGACAUGUGGUACUGACGGAUUUUGGCCUCUGCAAGGAGGGUGUAGAGCCCGAGGAGACCACAUCCACGUUCUGUGGCACCCCCGAGUACUUGGCUCCAGAAGUGCUCCGUAAAGAGCCUUAUGACCGGGCGGUGGACUGGUGGUGCUUGGGGGCCGUUCUCUACGAGAUGCUGCAAGGCCUGCCACCCUUCUACAGCCAAGACGUGUCCCAGAUGUAUGAGAAUAUUCUGUACCAGCCGCUACAGAUCCCAGGGGGCCAGACGGUGGCCGCCUGCGACCUCCUGCAAGGCCUUCUCCACAAGGACCAGAGGCAGCGGCUGGGCUCCAAAUCAGACUUUCUUGAGAUAAAGAACCAUGUAUUCUUCAGCCCCAUAAACUGGGAUGACCUGUACCACAAGAGGCUGACUCCACCCUUCAACCCAAAUGUGGCAGGACCUGCUGACUUGAAACACUUUGACCCAGAGUUCACCCAGGAAGUUGUGUCAAAGUCCAUUGGCUGCACUCCCGACACUGUGGCCAGCAGCUCUGGGGCCUCAAGUGCAUUCCUGGGAUUUUCCUAUGCACCAGAGGAUGAUGCCAUCUUGGACUACUAGAAGAGAAGCACUCUGUAACCACUGAAGACAGCUGCUCCCUGCCCCAGGAAUAAUGGGGGAUGAAGCUGGAAGAUCAUGGAAAACACACCUACGACACUAACACAGACCUACUGGAGAUCUAAGCUGGGUCAGGAAGAGUUACCAUUACCCUUUGGCAUGUGCUGAGAACUUUGAAACACUCUGAUUUGAUUUCCAUCAUAGCAGUGUCUGUUAUUUGACAAGUGUGUGGAACAAGAUGUGGGAGUGGCCAAAAUUUCCCCAACUUCCCAAAGCAAAAAGCAACCGAGUAUAAUUGUUGGAAACAUGAUAGUACUGUCACAAGUAUACAACCCACUAUGGGUUGUGAAACACAUAAUGGUUCCAUGUGUUCUAAGACUGUAAAAUCACAAAAUUUUCACCAAGACAGAAAAUAAAAAUGUAGAAAAACUAUGAUAUUGAU